GGUGGUCACACUGCGCGCGUGGAAGUUCUCAAACGAAUUACUAACGUAGAGGGGAGCUUUAUUUUUAAUUUAACCCUUUUUUGCCACGUAAAUUAAAACUUAAAAUUGUCAGAAAUCGUGCAAAAUGAUCAUCUACACAAACGAGGGCAAUCCGCUCGGUCUGCAACUGCUGAUGCUGGCGAAAUUUGCCAAGCAGAAGGUUCAAGUGCAGCUGGUUAACCUAAAUGACGCCAAGUACAAAGAUUUGUUGGUCCUGCCAACAAUUGAGUUGGACAACGGAUUCCGAUUAUUCUCGGCAGCAGCGAUUGCCAAAUAUCUGUUGGGCGAUGAGGAGGGGCAGCAGAGAGACGAGUGGCUGGAAUGGUCUUCAACGCUGCUGGCGCCCGCAUUGGCUCAUUACAUGGCUGUGGGUCAUCGUGCCGAUCCCAAUGCUUUGCCCGUGCUUAACACAUUGGUGAAGAAGCUCAACGAUCGCCUCAAGGCAUCGCCCUACUUGGCGGGCAGCCAAUUGACAGCAGCUGACAUUGCUGUGUGGUCACUGCUGGCACCCGACGGCACCUUGAAGGGUGCUCAGAAUGUGGAACAGCUGCGUAGCUGGUAUGAAAAUAUCAAAGCACUGCCAGAGGUGCAGCAGGUGCUUAGCGAGCAGCCGCUGAAGGAGCUGAGCUUCAAUGCGCUGCAGCAAUCGAAUCGCUAUGGUGGCUUGCAUCAUGUGCCGCUCAAGCGUGCAAGUCUUGCAGAUGCUGGCAAUCUGCUUGCCGACGCGGGCUCCACAUUGGCGGACACCAUCACCGACGAGGAGAUUGCCGCAGCUCGUGCUGCCUUCAUUUAUACUAAACCUCAGGAAAUCGCCGAGCCACGUACUGUGCUACCCAAGGCGGGAGAGCGCAAUGUGCUGAUCACCUCGGCCCUUCCAUAUGUCAAUAAUGUGCCACAUUUGGGCAACAUCAUUGGCUGUGUGCUUUCCGCUGACAUCUUCGCUCGGUACUCGCGCAACGCUGGCUACAACACGCUGCUCAUAUGCGGCACAGAUGAAUACGGCACGGCGACUGAGAACAAGGCACUGGCGGAGAAUAUGACGCCACGCGAGAUCUGCGACAAGUACUUCGAGCUUCACAAUGCCAUCUAUCGCUGGUUCGGCAUUGGAUUCGAUUACUUUGGACGCACCACAACUCAAGAGCAGACUGAAAUUGUUCAAGAGGCUUUCAAGGAUGUCUACAACGCGGGCUACAUUAUAAAGGAGAGCGUAGAGCAGCUCCUCUGCCAGAAAUGUGAUCGCUUCCUCGCCGAUCGCUUUGUGGAAGGCACCUGUCCGCAUCCCGGCUGUGGCUACGAGGAUGCCCGCGGUGACCAGUGCGACAAGUGUGGCAAACUGGUGAAUGCUACCGAAUUGCUGCGUCCACGCUGCAAGGUCUGCAACAGUGCGCCUGUGCUGCGUUCAUCGGAUCAACUGUUCCUCGAUCUGCCCAAGGCGGAGCCUCAGCUGCGUGAAUGGGUGGAUCGCGCCGAGAAUGGCUGGACACACAAUGCACGAGUCAUCACACGCGCCUGGCUGCGCGAAGGUCUCAAGCCUCGCUGCAUUACACGCGAUCUAAAGUGGGGUAUUCCUGUGCCGCACGAGAACUUCGAAAAGAAGGUGUUCUACGUGUGGUUCGAUGCACCGUUCGGCUAUGUGUCCAUCACGAAGCGCUAUACCAAAGAGUAUCUGCAGUGGUGGCAACCCGCCAAGGGCACCGAUGUGGAGCUCUUCCAGUUCAUGGCGAAGGACAAUGUGCCCUUCCAUUCGGUGGUAUGGCCUAGCGUGCUGUUGGCCAUUAACAAGGGCAACACACUGGUUAGUCACAUUAUGGCCACCGAGUAUCUGAACUAUGAGGAUGGCAAGUUCAGCAAGAGUCGCGGCAUUGGCGUCUUUGGUAACGAUGCCCAGGAAACGGGAAUUCCCGCGGACGUUUGGCGUUUCUAUUUGGCAUCCGCUCGCCCUGAGGGUCAAGACUCCAGUUUCAGCUGGAAUGAUUUGGCUGCUCGCAACAACUCCGAGCUGCUCAACAAUCUGGGCAACUUUGUCAAUCGUGCGUUGGUCUUUUGCGAGAAGAACUUUAACAGCACAGUGCCGGAAAUUGUGCUCACACAGGAUGAGCUUGUGCUGCUGUCGCUGAUCAAUCGUGAGCUGCGCGGUUACAUCAAUUCACUGGAAAAGGCCAAAUUGCGCGACGGCAUUCGUCAUUUGUUGGCCAUUUCACGACAUGGCAACGGCUACAUGCAAACCCAACAGCCUUGGGUGCUGCUUAAGGGCAACGAGGAGCAGAAGAAGCGUGCGGCGACUAUUAUUGGUCUCUGCGCCAACAUUGCUUGUCUGCUAGCCAAUCUGCUCUUCCCCUACAUGCCAAGCACAGCGCGCACUAUGUUCGCCCAGCUGAAUAGCAAGCAAACGCCUCUUAAUGCAGAGAAACCAUUGGCCACCAUUCUGCUGCCCGCUGGCCACAAGAUCGGAAAGCCAUCGCCGCUGUUUACCAAGCUGGAGCAGUCCUACAUCGAUGAACUCAAGGGCAAGUUUGGAGGUGCUCAGGAGACUAAAGCGCCAGCGGCUCAACAAACUAAUGUGGCUGAGCUGGAGGCGGCUGUGCAGGCUCAGGGCGAAAAGGUGCGACAGCUGAAGGCGAGCACAAAAGACAAGGCCGUAUGGCAACCAGAGGUUACCAAACUGCUGGAUCUGAAGAAACAACUCGAAGCGGCACAGAAGUCGGCUGCCUCGGCAGCUCCAGCAGCAGUCCCAGCUCCACAAAGUGGCACGCAGUCAGUGCAACAGCUGGAGGCAGCUGUUCAAGCGCAAGGCGAGAAAGUCCGUCAGCUAAAGGCGAGCACGAAAGACAAGGCAGUGUGGCAGCCAGAAGUGACCAAACUGUUGGACCUGAAGAAACAACUAGAAACGGCUCAGAAGACGGCUGCUUCGGCAGCGCCAGCUGCAGCCCCUGAGACGGCAUCAGUGGAUGCAGGCAAAAUCAAGGCAUUGGAAGAAAAAAUCGCACAGCAGGGCGAGAAAGUCCGCACUCUGAAGGCCAGUGGAGAUGCUUCCGUGUGGAAACCCGAAGUCGAUAUUCUAUUGAAUCUGAAGAAGGAGUUGACAGCUUUGACUGGUGUUCCAGCGGCAGGUGCUGCUCAGGGCAAGAACAAAAAGAAGUAAAACUCACCAUGUAUUUAUUUAUGCUAAUUCAAGGUUGCAAACUACAACAAUUGUGGACAAUUCUAUUCAUUUGCAUUAAGUUAUUUUUUCACUUUGCAUUU